GUUGCAAUCGUUGCAAUCGUUGCAUCGACAUCCAGAACGACAGCCAGGACUACCACACCUUUCUCGCCUCGUCCACUCAUUACUUUGUUACUCUUCUUCUUCUUCUUCUUCCACCUUACCCUCCUCCACCCUUCUUCUUCCUCUUCCUUCCUUCCUUCCUUCCUUCCUUUCGUUCUUUUUUACCUGUCAUCUGAAAUUAUGACCGCAUCAUCCUCUACAAUAUACAAAGACUUUGAGUUAUUUUUUCCCAUAAGUUUUCGGGACUAAAGGAUUAGAAAAAGUAAAGGGUUUGAGGUAUUUAGAAAAAAAAAACAACAAAUUUAUUCUAUUCUUAGAGAAAGAAUUUCUUGUAUUUAGUGGAAUAAUUUCAAGAGAAAGUGAAAUAGGAAGAGAAAAAAAUGUUGGAAUAUAUUGCAUAAGCGUAUUUUGCAAAUCGUUCACAUGUGCGCGUAAGUGUUUUACCGUCCAAGAGAAAAUAAGGUGUCUCUGUUGAAAGUUGAUUAAUCAAGAUGCAUACGUUGUUCGGGGAACAAAAUGCUUAUUAUCGUCAUCCGAGUGGAGUGCCCGUUGGUAUGGGCACUGCAUCUUAUCCAGGUGUGGGCGUGGGUGUGGGCGCUGCACCAGGUUAUUACGAACAAUAUCGAUACAGUGGAUAUGCGACGGCCGCUGGUUAUCCCGUGUCCGGUAUAACGCAGCAACACAUUCACCAUCCGGGUAAAGACAUGGUAAAACCUCCAUAUUCGUAUAUCGCACUAAUAGCAAUGGCAAUUCAAAAUGCUCCGGACAGGAAGAUCACUCUGAACGGUAUUUAUCAGUUCAUAAUGGAACGUUUUCCGUAUUAUCGUGAGAACAAACAGGGCUGGCAAAAUUCGAUCAGACAUAAUCUCAGCUUAAACGAGUGUUUCGUUAAAGUGCCGCGCGACGAUAAGAAACCAGGAAAAGGAAGUUAUUGGUCACUCGAUCCAGAUAGUUACAAUAUGUUCGACAAUGGUUCUUACUUGCGUCGACGAAGGAGAUUUAAAAAAAAAGAUGCUCUGAAAGAGAAGGAAGAAGCGUUAAAGAGGCAGGGUCUUUUGCCAGAGAAACGAGGAUUGCAAUCGCAACAGGAGGACGUAAAGUCGAGCAACAUUGGUGGUGGUGUUGGUGUUGGUGUUGGUGCUGGUGGUAGUAUCGUUAACCUCGCACCGUCGAUAGAAACUACGACGACAACGACGGCGAUUAAAAAAGGUGGUACUGUUACGACAACGGCUAGUACGACUACGACCGGCUUGUGCAAACCAAAAAGAGAACCGGUGAACGAUCACUGCAUGGCCGUGCAAAGCAAGUAUGGUUUGCUCCAUAGUCCUAUACAACAAGAUACCAAGACUACGGUUACAGGCGUGGUCGUAGCAAGUGUACCAUCUCAUACAGCAGUAAGUAGCGGUGGUCAAAGCGUCAUUCAAACGGCACUGGGAAAUCAGGUACAUCAGGGUCAUCAUCAAGUACAUCAAGAAACGGGGAUUCCUGACGUUUCGAUGGUUGGCUUAGAUUCUGCCGCGUUUAGCGUCGACGCUCUCAUGACAAGUCGAGAAAAUGCUCUGAUGAACAAUCGAGUCGAUCAAAGCACCGGUAGUGGUGGUGCUGGUGGUGCUGGUGGUCAACAUCCUCACGUUCACGCUCAUGCUCAUGUUCACGCUCACGCUCACGCUUUGACACAUUCGCACUCGCAUCCUCACUCGCAUUCACACGGGCACGGGCACGGGCACGGGCACGGACACGGACACGGACACGGACACUCGUCAGCGUGCACCACGACGACCAGUACGACCGCCGCGGUUGCCGCCAUGAUGGCGACCACCGGAUACGCCCCUCACGGUAGCGCCGUCACCAGAGGAAAUCCUUCGCCACCCGGGACCGGCAUGUACCCCGUGCCUUAUUGCACUCCUACGCCCAGCUACAUCAUGGAUCACGCCGAUUACAAUUCGAGAAAUCACGGAAAUGCUGCGGCUGCAGCGGCCGCGGCCGCCCACACUCAGUGGUAUCAAGAAGCUGCUAGUCCCGAUUCUGCACCCAUUUAUCAGGAAACCCAGUCACCUAGCUGUCAACUUUACAGGCCCCACCAGCGAGGCCUUGAAGAACAACAUCAAAAUGAGUAUGAUCCUGGCCUGGUUUACGUCAAGCAAGAGUGGAUACCAAUGACGGAGGAACUCGGCAAAGAUUGGAACUAAAAAAGGGGAGAUUUAAGAAAUGUUCGGUAAAAUAUCUGUUCGCGUUGUUCUUUACUCUUCUCGAACAGGUGGUUGUUCGCAGAAGAAAUUGUCGUAUAAACCGUAUCAACUUCAUUAUUUUCAAUCGUUCGAGAUCAUUUUCAAUAAGUACCUUGAAUUCUGUUCUACGAUUGUUAUUCUAA